AUGUCAGCGGCUACCUCCUCCCCAAAGCAGGAAACCCAGCGGCCAUUCCACACUCUUGCGGUUCACGAUGUGGCCACAGCGCUAGCCACCAACGUGAACUCUGGACUACGCAGUGAGUCCCAGAUCCACGAACUUCGAGCGCAAUACGGAGAAAAUUCGCUGGGCGAUGACUCCAAAAUCGACUUACAGGCCAUCUUGCUGCACCAAAUCUGUAAUGCAAUGAUUCUGGUGCUCUUCAUCUGCAUGGUGAUCACGCUUGCGGUCCGGGACUGGAUCUCGGGAGGUGUCAUCGCGUUUGUCGUCUUUAUAAACGUCGCGAUCGGAUCCGUCCAAGAAUACAAGGCUUCCAAGACUAUGAGCUCAUUGAAGAGUCUCAGCACGCCAUCAGCACAUGUUAUUCGAGAUGGAAAUGACAUAGUCAUUCCUAGCAAGGAGCUCGUCCCGGGCGAUCUCUGUGUCGUCAAGGCCGGUGACACAAUUCCUGCCGAUCUAAGACUAGUAGAAUGUGUCAAUUUCGAGACGGACGAAGCCCUACUUACCGGUGAAUCUUUGCCCAUCGCCAAAGACGCCACCCAGGUCUAUCCUGCCACAGAGGACAUCCCAGUAGGGGAUCGUUUGAACUUGGCGUUUGCUAGUUCCACGGUCUCCAAAGGCAGAGCCACUGGUAUUGUUAUACAAACCGCUCUCAGCACGGAAAUUGGUAAAAUUGCAAAGAGUCUACAGGGAAACACCUCGUUGAUCUCCAAAGACGAAAACAAAUCUUUUGCUCAAAACGCCCUUAUCACCCUAAAAACUAGCAUCGGUUCUUUUCUCGGAACCAGCACUGGAACCCCCCUACAUCGUAAACUGUCGAAAUUGGCGGUUAUUCUGUUUUUUGUUGCAGUCGUUUUCGCGAUUGUAGUUAUGGCUACUCAGAAGUACCAUGUUAAUAAAGAGGUUGCCAUCUACGCAAUUUGUGUUGCAGUUUCCAUGAUUCCUUCCUCUCUGGUGGUCGUAUUGACCAUCACCAUGUCGGUGGGUGCCAAAAUUAUGGCAACCAGAAAUGUCGUAGUCCGCAAAUUGGACUCUUUAGAAGCUUUAGGAGCCGUCAAUGAUGUCUGCUCUGAUAAAACUGGAACUUUGACCCAGGGUCGUAUGAUUGUCAAACAGGCAUGGGUUCCAUCUUUCGGUACAGUAUUGGUAUCCAAUUCUAAUGAUCCUUUUAAUCCAUCUUCGGGUACCACGCAAUUAAUCCCUCGAUUCUCACCAGAUGAAUAUCGCCACAACGACAGCGAAGACGUGGGUAUUAUCCAGGGCUUCAAAGAAAAGUACUUGAAGAACAUUUUACCUCGUGAAAUCAGUCCAAUUCUUUUUGCCAACUGGCUCAAAACCGCUACAUUAGCAAACAUUGCCCAAGUUUAUCAAGAUUCCGAAACUCUUGAGUGGAAAGCUCACGGAGAUCCUACUGAAAUUGCCAUACAGGUUUUUGCGCACAGAAUGGACCUCCCUAGACCAUUGCUCACACUCGAAGGACAGUCAGAUGAAACAGAAGACGAAAAAAACGAUUCAACAAACGCUGAUUACAAGCAUAUCGCCGAGUACCCAUUUGAUUCCUCAGUCAAGAGAAUGUCGGCCAUUUAUUCCAGCACUAAAGAAAAUAACGAAUACCGCAUUUUUACCAAGGGUGCCUUCGAACGUGUUUUAAGCUGCUGCACACACUGGCUACCUACCGCUGAGAGCGAUGAAACCAACCCUUCAGCCAUGACGGAAGCCGACAAGGAAGAAGUUUACAGGAAUGUUGAAAUUUUAUCUUCGGAAGGAUUGAGAGUUCUAGCCUUUGCGACAAAAAGCUUCACCGAAAAAGAAGCUCAUGAACUUGGAUCCAAGCUUACCAAAGACCGUGAUUUUGUCGAAAGCGACUUGAUAUUCCAAGGCUUAGUUGGUAUUUACGAUCCACCCAGAGAAGAAACGGCCGGCGCUGUUAAAAAGUUUCAUAAAGCAGGAAUAAACGUGCAUAUGCUCACUGGUGACUUUCCAGGGACUGCAAAAGCCAUCGCGCAAGAAGUUGGUAUUUUACCGCGCAAUUUAUACCACUACCCAAAAGAAGUGGUAGAUGCGAUGAUUAUGACUGCAAGCCAAUUUGAUAAACUUGCAGACGAUGAGAUCGAUGCUUUGCCUGUGCUGCCAUUGGUCAUCGCCCGCUGCAGUCCAGCUACAAAAGUUAAAAUGAUUGACAGUCUUCACCGUCGCGAAAAGUUUUGUGCCAUGACCGGUGACGGUGUCAACGACUCGCCAAGUUUAAAAAUUGCAAAUGUCGGAAUUGCAAUGGGCAUCAAUGGAUCUGACGUUGCCAAAGAUGCUUCUGACAUUGUCUUGAGUGACGACAAUUUCGCAUCAAUUCUAAACGCAGUCGAGGAGGGUCGUCGAAUGACAGACAAUAUCCAAAAAUUUGUCUUACAGCUGCUGGCGGAAAACGUAGCGCAGGCUCUCUAUUUGAUGAUUGGUCUCGCUUUCUUGGAUAAACAUCAUUUAUCAGUAUUUCCAUUGUCUCCUGUCGAAGUUUUGUGGAUCAUUGUGGUGACAUCCUGCUUCCCAGCCAUGGGUCUUGGUUUGGAGAAACCAGCGCCUGAUAUCAUGGAUAAGCCACCCAAGGAUUCCAAAGCAGGUAUCUUCACUUGGGAGAUAAUUUCGGAUAUGUUUGUUUACGGUUUGUGGAUGGCGGGUUGCUGUCUGGCUUGUUUUGUCACUGUUGUUUACGGGAAAGGAGAAGGAGACUUGGGUAUGAACUGUAACAACAAAUUCUCUGCAAGUUGCCAUUACGUUUUCCGUGGCCGUGCCGCAGCCUUUGCUACAAUGACCUGGUGCGCUCUCAUUCUGGCAUGGGAAGUUAUUGACUUGAGGAGAUCAUUCUUCAAAAUGCAGCCAGAAACAGAUACACCUUACACACAAUGGAUGAAAGACAUUUGGUCCAACCAAUUUUUGUUCUGGUCUGUUGUCUUCGGCUUUGUCUCGGUAUUCCCUGUCGUCUACAUCCCCGUGAUCAACAAUGACGUUUUCAAGCACUCAGGAAUCGGCUAUGAAUGGGGACUUGCUGUCGCGUACACAGUUCUCUUUUGGGCAGGCGCAGAGCUUUACAAAUACUUCAAGAGAGUAUAUUUCAAAAACAGGGAACGUGCUAGCAACCCCGAAAACGACUUGGAAAGCAAGCGCGUCCAUGAUCCGUUCGAGAAAUACAACACUUCAUAUUCGGCUUCAACAUCUGUUCAAACAACGAAUGCGGUAAUGAAGAUGUAA